AUGCCAGCCAUCCCAUCGCCGGGAAAGAUCCUCCGGCUGGAGCUGGAGAACUUCAAGUCAUACAAGGGUCACCAAGUAAUUGGUCCGUUUUACGACUUCACUGCGAUCAUCGGACCCAAUGGUGCCGGUAAGUCCAACCUAAUGGACGCCAUCAGCUUCGUCCUUGGUGUGCGAACUGGCCAGCUCCGUGGGGCCCAGUUACGAGACCUCAUUUACGCGUUCGAUGACCGCGAGAAGGAGCAGAGAGGAAGAAAAGCUUAUGUCAUGCUCGUCUACCAGCUGAUGGACGGGAACGAAAUUAGUUUCACUCGCUCAAUUACGCCUGCCGGUGCCAGUGAGUACAGGAUUGGGGAUCUUGUCGUGAAUUGGGAUGAUUAUAAUAACAGCUUGAAGUCGCUAGGAAUUCUAGUCAAGGCACGCAACUUUUUGGUUUUCCAGGGGGAUGUGGAGUCAAUUGCUUCUAAGAAUCCUAAGGAACUUACAGCACUUAUUGAACAAAUCUCUGGUUCUGAAGAAUACAAGAGACCAUAUGAGGAACUGGAAGAAAAAAAAGCAAUGGUUGAUGAAAAAGCUGUGCUUGCUCAUCAAAGGAAGAAAACAAUAUCUGCAGAGAAAAAACAGAAGAAGCAGCAGAAAGAAGAGGCUGAAAAACACCUUAAAUUGCAAGACCAACUUAAAUCUUUAAAGCAGGAACAUUUUCUUUGGCAACUAUUGAACAUUCAAAAGGAUACUGAAAAAGCUAAUGAGGACCUGGAUGCUGAAGAGCAAGCCCGAAAAGAAAUUGUGGAUGAACUGGGGAAUUAUGAAAGUGAAGCAAGUAAAAAGAAGAAAGAACAAUCUGGAUAUUUAAAAGAGAUUGCACGAUGCGAGAGGAGAAUCACAGAGAAGCAGAAUGGACUUGAUAAGAAUCAACCUGAGCUUCUAAGGUUAAAGGAGGAGAUAUCUCGUAUAGCUUCAAAAAUCAAAAGUACCACUAAAGAGCUAAGCAAAAAGAAAGAGGAAAAAAAGAGACAUUUGGAGGAGGUGCAGAAACUUCAGAAUGACCUGAGGGAUAUCACUAAGCAGUUGGAUAAAUUACGAGAGAAAAAUCAGGAGGCUGGGGGAAAACUUCAAUUAGUUGACAGUCAAUUGGAGACAUACCACCAGAUGAAAGAAGAGGCUGGGAUGAGAACUGCAAAAUUAAAGGACGAGAAGGAGGUCUUAGAUCGGCAACAGCAUGCUGAUACAGAAGCCCAGAAGAAUUUAGAAGAAAAUCUUCGACAGUUGGAAAAUCGGAAGCAGGAACUGGAGUCACAGGAGAAACAAAUGCAAACUAGACUCAACAAAAUUCUAGAUGCAGUUGGGAAGCACAAGGAAGAACUUAUACGAGUACAGAAGGAACAGCGCGAGGUGAAAAAUAAGCUUGUAGAAUCCAGGCGCAAAUAUGACAUGUUGAAGGCAAAAAUUAGUGAAUUAGAUGAUCAACUGCGUGAAUUGAAAGCUGACAGACAUGAAAAUGAAAGGGAUGCCAGGUUGUCUCAGGCAGUUGAAACCCUCAAACGCCUCUUUGCCGGCGUUCAUGGUCGCAUGACAGAGCUCUGCAGGCCAAUACAGAAGAAGUAUGAGCUUGCUGUCACUGUCGCCAUGGGCAGAUUCAUGGACGCUGUAGUGGUUGAGGAUGAAAACACGGGAAAGGAAUGCAUCAAGUAUUUGAAAGAACAAAGGCUCCCUCCCCAGACGUUUAUACCUCUUCAGUCAGUGCGUGUGAAGCCAGUUACAGAGAGGCUGCGCACCUUGGGAGGAACAGCAAAGCUGGUCUUUGAUGUCAUACAUCUGAGUGUUGUCUAUCAGUUUGUCCUCACCAAUUCAUUCUUAAAUGAAGCACAAAGCAAAGCUUAUCUCUUGAAAGUUGGGUCGUUCUCUGAUGUUAUCUUGAAAGUAUAUAUGGUAUGCUUCGACUUUGUGUCCUUGACAAAUCUUGGAUUCAAUCCUUCACUGGAAAAGGCCAUUUUAUUUGCUGUUGCAAACACCUUGGUUUGUGACGAUCUCAGCGAAGCUAAGAGUCUAAGUUGGAGCGGAGAGAGGUUCAAAGUUGUGACCAUUGAUGGGAUCUUAUUGACAAAAUCUGGCACGAUGACUGGUGGCUCAAGUGGUGGCAUGGAUGCACGUAUACAUAAGUGGAAUGACAAAAAUAUUGAAGGGCUUAAGAGGAAAAAGGAAGACCUUGAGACCCAGUUGGAAGAGCUUGGGUCUAUAAGAGAGAUGCAGCUUAAGGAGUCCGAAGUGUCAGGCAAAAUUAGCGGUCUUGAAAAGAAGAUUCAAUAUGCAGAAAUUGAGAAGAAAAGUAUUGAGGACAAACUGAUCAAGUUGAACGCGGAGAAAAGCAACAUUGAAGGGGAAAUUGUCCGUGUCCAGCCUGAAAUUCAAAAGUUGGAAAAUGUAAUCAACAAAAGAAAGUCUAGGAUCUCGUCAUUAGAAAAUGCGAUCAACAAUAUUGUUGACAGAAUCUACAAGAAAUUUAGCGAGUCUGUUGGGGUAGCGAACAUUCGUGAAUAUGAGGAAAACCAUCUCAAGGCAAUUGAGCAAAUGGCUGAAGAAAGGCUCAGCUUGCAUAAUCAGCAAUCAAAACUGAAAUACCAGUUAGAGUAUGAACAGAAACGAGAUGUGGGAUCACGGAUUACCAAACUGGAAUCAACACUCUCUAACUUGAAAAAUGCUUUGAAAGAGGUUGAGAAAAGCCAAAUUGAACUGAAGUCAGCGAUGGAGGCAGCAAACACUGAUAUUGAUCGGUUAAAAGAAGAAGUGUUAGAGUGGAAGUCAAAAUCAGAAGAGUGUGAAAGGGAUAUUCAAGAAUGGAAGAGAAUGAUUUCAGCUGCUACAACAAAUAUUAGCAAGCACAAUCGUCAAAUUAAAUCAAAGGAAGCCCUGGUUGAGCAGCUGAAUUUGCGGAAGCAAGAGAUAUUGGAAAAGUGUGAAUUAGAACAUAUAGACAUUCCAACAGUUGGCGAUCCUAUGGAUACUGGAUCGUCAUCCCCAGGGCCAGUUUUUGAUUUCAGCAUACUAAGUAGAUCUCUUCAGCAGAAAUCUAAGCCAUCUGAGAGGGAGAAGAUUGAGGUAGAAUUCACACAGAAAAUUGCUGCCUUAAUGUCUGAAAUUGAAAGAACAGCUCCAAAUUUGAAGGCACUGGAUCAGUACGAGGCUGUUUUGGAGAAGGAUAAAGCUGCUUCAAGAGAAUGGGAAGCGGCCAGAGAUGAGCAGAACAAAAUCACUGCUGAAUACAACAGAGUUAAACAGAUAAGGCAUGAAUUAUUUAUGAAAGCUUUUGACCAUAUCUCUGGCAACAUUGACAAAAUUUACAAUGAACUCACAAAGAGCAAUGCACACUCAGUGGGUGGGCUGAGCGGCACACAUGCUGUGGGUGGGACAGCAUAUCUGAACUUGGAGAAUCCUGAUGAGCCUUACUUAUAUGGCAUCAAGUACAGUGCUAUGCCCCCAACAAAGAGAUACCGUGAUAUGUCUCAACUAUCUGGUGGAGAGAAGACUGUUGCUGCACUUGCCUUGCUAUUUUCCAUUCACAGUUUUAGGCCCUCUCCCUUUUUUAUACUGGAUGAAGUGGAUGCUGCAUUAGACAAUUUAAAUGUCGCCAAAGUAGCUGGUUUUAUACGAUCGAAAUCAUGUGGAGGAGCAAGGAUGAACUCGGAUGCUGAAUUUGGUUGUGGUUUUCAGAGUAUCGUGAUUUCUCUGAAGGACAACUUUUAUGACAAAGCUGAAGCUUUGGUUGGUGUUUACAGGGAUUCAGAAAGAAGCUGCUCGAGAACGUUGACAUUUGAUUUGACAAAAUACCGCGAAUAA